AAAGCUGCCUCGUUUGGGGCAACCGAGAACCCUGUCCACUCCCACCCUCGCGUGCUCUCGCCACCCCCUUCGGCUAGUUCACUCGCGUGCACAACGCGGACGCCAGCUACUCCCUCCCUUCUCCUGACUUCCUUCUAAGAGCCUCGUAAACCUGGGAAGUUCAAUCAUUCCGCAGCAAACCUCGGUGCUCACUGGGCAUGCUCAGUGGCCGGCCCGGCUCGGUGGCCAGAGGUUGCCUUGGGCGCAGGGCUCGGGUCGGCUGCCUCCUGGUCUCGGCUUCCCGGAGCGCGGGCUGAGCACCGAGGCUCCUGAGUCCGGAACGAGACUCGCCCCGCCGUCCCCGCCCGGGCGCCAGCCCCGCCAGAGCGCCGUCGUUCGGGACCCCGGGAACCCCCAACUUCGCGCCAAGUUCCGAGCCUCCUUCGGGGAGAGGCAUGCAAAUGAUGACCAGGGACAUUCUACUUGAAAGGGAGCUGGAGGACGACGACGACGAGGAGGAUGGGGAUAUCGGUGAUGUUCCUGCCUCCAAGAGGCCUUUAAUGGCUCCUCCCACUCUCCUCCCAUCCAGUCUGGUCUUGGAAAGUCUUGAACAGAGAAGCGUCUCCGGUUUUGGAACACUGGGAAGUCAGCAGGAUUUCCAAACCCCAGAGUUUGAAGAAUUUAAUGGAAAACCUGACUCCCUCUUUUUUAACGAUGGCCAGCGAAGGAUCGACUUUGUUCUAGUGUAUGAAGAUGAACGCAGAAAAGAGACCAAUAAAAAGGGUUCAAAUGAAAAACAAAGGAGAAAAAGGCAAGCCUAUGAAUCUAACCUCAUGUGUGAUGGCCUGCAGCUGGAAGCAACCAGAUCGCUUUUGGAUGACAAGCUGGUAUUUGUAAAAGUACAUGCUCCAUGGGAGGUGCUGUGUACAUAUGCUGAGAUAAUGCACAUCAAAUUGCCUCUGAAACCCAAUGAUCUGAAGACCCGGUCCUCAGCCUUCGACAAUUUCAACUGGUUUACCAAAGUCCUCCAAGUAGAUGAAAGUAUCAUCAAGCCAGAGCAAGAGUUUUUCACUGCUCCAUUUGAGAAGAACCGUAUGAAUGACUUUUAUAUUCAAGAUAGAGAUACGUUCUUCAAUCCAGCCACCAGAAGCCGCAUUGUUUACUUCAUCCUUUCUCGGGUCAAUUAUCAAGUAAUCAACAAUGUAAAAAAGUUUGGGAUCAACAGACUCGUAAGCUCUGGGAUCUACAAGGCAGCUUUCCCUCUCCAUGAUUGCAACUUUAGCCAUCCAUCCGAGGAUCUCAGCUGCCCCAAUGAGCGGUACCUUCUGUACAGAGAGUGGGCUCAUCCUCGAAGCAUAUACAAAAAGCAGCCCUUGGAUCUUAUUAGGAAAUACUAUGGAGAGAAGAUUGGAAUCUACUUUGCCUGGCUGGGUUAUUACACUCAGAUGCUCCUCCUGGCAGCAGUCGUGGGCGUGGCUUGCUUUCUCUACGGAUAUUUUAACCAGAACAACUGUACCUGGAGCAAAGAAGUCUGUGAUCCUAAUAUUGGCGGCAAGAUCAUAAUGUGUCCUCAAUGUGAUAAGCUUUGUUCAUUCUGGAAUCUCAGUAUUACUUGCGAAUCCUCCAAGAAAUUGUGCAUCUUUGACAGUUUUGGAACCCUAGUCUUUGCUGUAUUUAUGGGAGUCUGGGUUACCUUGUUUCUGGAGUUUUGGAAGAGGCGCCAGGCAGAACUUGAGUACGAAUGGGACACUGUUGAGUUGCAGCAGGAAGAACAAGCCCGACCAGAAUAUGAGGCACAGUGUACUCACGUGGUGAUAAACGAGAUCACUCAGGAAGAAGAGCGUGUUCCCUUUACCACGUGGGGAAAAUGUAUCCGUAUAACCCUCUGUGCCAGUGCUGUCUUCUUCUGGAUCCUGUUGAUCAUUGCUUCAGUGAUUGGGAUCAUUGUCUACCGGCUCUCAGUGUUCAUUGUAUUUUCUGCAAAACUUCCCAAGAACCUUAAUGGAACAGACCCAAUCCAGAAGUAUCUAACACCACAGACGGCCACGUCCAUCACUGCUUCCCUCAUCAGCUUUAUCAUCAUCAUGAUCCUGAACACCAUAUAUGAGAAAGUGGCCAUCGUGAUUACUAACUUUGAACUCCCCAGGACCCAGACUGAUUAUGAGAACAGCCUAACCAUGAAGAUGUUCUUAUUCCAGUUUGUCAACUACUACUCUUCAUGUUUCUACAUUGCCUUCUUUAAGGGCAAAUUUGUGGGUUACCCAGGAGAUCCAGUUUAUUGGCUGGGAAAAUACAGAAAUGAAGAGUGUGACCCAGGUGGCUGUCUCCUUGAACUGACAACGCAGCUGACCAUAAUCAUGGGAGGAAAAGCAAUCUGGAAUAACAUACAAGAGGUGCUACUUCCUUGGAUCAUGAAUCUAAUUGGACGGUGUCGCACGGUUUCGGGAGCAGAAAUGAGAACCCCAAGAUGGGAGCAGGACUACCAUCUGCAGCCCAUGGGCAAACUGGGAUUAUUUUAUGAAUAUCUGGAAAUGAUUAUUCAGUUUGGGUUCGUCACCUUAUUUGUGGCCUCUUUUCCAUUGGCCCCUCUGUUGGCUCUGGUGAACAAUAUAUUGGAAAUAAGAGUGGACGCCUGGAAACUGACUACCCAGUAUAGACGCAUGGUACCAGAAAAAGCCCAGGACAUCGGAGCAUGGCAGCCCAUCAUGCAAGGAAUAGCGAUUCUGGCUGUGGUGACCAAUGCCAUGAUCAUUGCUUUCACGUCCGACAUGAUCCCCCGCCUGGUAUAUUACUGGUCCUUCUCUGUCCCUCCCUAUGGGGACCACCCACACUAUACCAUGGAGGGCUACAUCAACAACACUCUCUCCUACUACAAGGUUGCUGACUUCAGAGGCAGGGAAAAUCCAUACACUGGGCUUGGUAACUAUACCACAUGCAGGUAUCGUGAUUUCCGGAACCCUCCUGGGCACCCACAAGAGUAUAAACACAAUAUCUACUAUUGGCAUGUGAUUGCAGCCAAGCUGGCUUUCAUCAUUGUCAUGGAGCACGUCAUAUACUCUGUGAAGUUUAUCAUUUCAUACACGAUUCCAGAUGUGUCAAAAAGCACGAAGAGCAAGAUCAAGAGAGAAAAAUACCUAACUCAGAAGCUGCUUCGUGAGAAUCACCUCAAAGAUGUGACCAAAAACAUAGGGGUCAUAGUGGAGAAGAUGGUAGAAGUGGUAGAUAACAAUUUACGACCAAAAGUAGAUUAAGAAGAGCUUUAUGUUCUGAAAAGCACUUUAAAGAGUUUUUAGCUCUGUCAAAAUAUAUUAUGAAUCACUAAUGAGAAAAAUCACUUUGGCAAAUUGAAGGCUUAAGCCUUGCCAUUUUCACGCAGAUUAUUUUCCAGUUUCAGGUGGCCAUGCAGGAACUGGAAAACGUAAAAUUUAGAUCAAGGAGGGCAUAAAACUAACCACCUGGAAAGCCAAAAAUGUUACUCUUUUGAUAAAUGCCAAUUUUCGUAAUACUGAAGAAGUCUCUUCAUGUGCUUACAAUCUCAAGUAGAGCAGAAUGGAUUUUUUUUUUUUUCCUCCAUUUGAUUAUGUUUGUUCCUUUCUGUUCUCAAGCACAUGACCCUGUGUUUAGGCACUGUUUCAUUUCUUCCCUUGUGCCAGAUCAAUUCCAGAGCUCUUUCCCUCCCAGUACCAUCGUUAAAGAUGAGACAUGCGAGCCGUUGUGUGAUUAGAAGCAGAUAACGCAGAAUGCAAUUUGAAAGCCGAAUGACGUGGCAGAUAGACUCAAGACGUCACAAUAUUUAGGUAAAUGACCACAUUCGUAUGGAAAAGGAAACUUCAGCUAGUAAGAGGAGAUCGUCUUAGUCUUCAUCUUAGCCUGUCUUUCCGUCGCAGAGAAAUACUCUUAAUGGAUUGGAAAUGAAGCUAGCAAGGUUCCGAAGCAUAUUUGUGCUAAUUCACAGUGACACCUUUCAUCUUCCAGGAGCACUCCUAAAAUAUUCUGUGCCUAAUCAAUGUUGACUGCUUUGCAACUCUCAAGGGAAUAUGAUGACAAAAGCAGGGAAAGUUACAGAUGGAAAUAGAAUUGUAACUCAUAUUGAUCAGGAUAAUUAAUUUACCUCUUCUAAAGAUAGAUCCUUUCCUGAAAAAAAAAAAAAAUGAAAUCAAGGAAUUUAAAGUACAUACUUAUCAACAUAAGGGUUUGGAAAAGAUGAACCCAUCAAGUUCCCACCAGUUGCCUUUUAUCCCUGAGAUCCAGGAAAUAUGGAAUUAUAAACCAUAAGCACUGUUACGCGUGGCUCACGGCCAUUGUAACAGGAUGGUGCUGUGCAAGUGCCCUCAGUGUGACCACACUGAUUUCCUGGGAGGGGAGCACCGUACGGCAAAGAUUCUGCAUGUCCAAAUGAUCAGCAUGCUAAAGCAUCUGCCGUGGCGACGAAGGUAGCUCAGCACACCCUCCCUUCUUUUACUCCCAGCCCAGUAACUUAUUUGUAAUUGCAUGUUUGCACCAGGGGAGCAAUGGGAGGGAGGGAGAGGGAGAGACAGAAGUAUACCCAGAUUAUUCCCCAUCAAGAAGAAGAGACUGGAUUUGAUUUGCGUUUCCAGCCUUCCCUCGAACCAGUCAGGCAAUUAAGGGUCAGGAAAGAAAAUGCUUUGGUCCCAGACUCUGCCAUCAGCUGGAGGGUAGCUUCCUGCUGAACUCCUGCCCCACCGUCCACAUUGUGCCCUUGAUUCCUGCAGCUUGGCAGUCUUUACUUCGUUUCACUGCCAUUCAGGUGCCAGGCCCUCUGGUAGGCUCUGGAGGAGACAAAGUGUCUGUAUCUCUCACCCGUGAGUGGUGACAGGGCAGGGCUGGGUGCAGGAGAGAGUGUCUGGCACCGGGCUCUCGCUCAAUGGGCUGCCACCCAUUGGGAUGCUGCUAAAUGCCCAGGUGCCACAGGAGCUAAGCCACUCGGAGUUCCAGCAGCGAAGGAAAAGGAAACCCUUUGCAGUGAGCAGAUUCACAGGCUUGUUAUAAUAGAGUAGCUUAACUCCAGUUCAUAAUUCUAAAUAUCUGCCAUGAACAUUAAAAAACAAACCAGUAUUGAUGUAGGAUUCAUCAAAACAGUGUUCUGGACUUUCGAACCAUCACAGUGAAUCAGGGACAUUUCUUGAUCACGUUAACAGUGUGAUCAGAGAGUGCUGACGACAGGCUAUGGGAGGUCUGCCUGCAAGGGAGAUGGGGAAAUGAAUUUCUUCCCAGUGGGGAACCGUUCUUAUCCCUUCCCCCACUCACCUGGGAUGCUGCUCCCAGACGGACGGGGUGCCCUCUCCUCCUAUUACCUUUGGCUUCUCUGAAGUGUAGGAAUAUCUUCCUAGUGUUGAACUUGGCAGUUCCUCAGUGUUCACGGCAUCAUAGAAAAGGAGGUGUUUUUGCCUUAUCUCCUUGUAUAUAAAAUAGAACUUGAAAAGAAUUGUGCAUUUAUGUUUUCAUACAUCGUCUUUCAUAAAUCAUCUUCAUAGUUUCAAAUGUGCUUCUGUGGACAGGAGGGAGAAAGUCCUCUACGUUUUUAAAGGUAGCAAAUGUGAUGUAUGACCCUGCCAGUACUCCCCAAAAUGGCUAGGUUGUCGUGGGGACCCAGGGUCACCUGUGACACUGACAGUGUUCAUGAAAGUCUAGCCGACUUGCUGGGGAUGAAAAAAAUGUGGGGCUGUGUCUGAAGACAGCCAUGGGCUGGAUCUGCAAGUGUGAGCAGAGGCAGAACUCUGGAAAACUGGAUGGGAGUGGUGGUGCACCUAGAAAGGGAACAUCUGGCCCUAGACCUGCCUGGUGGUAACCACUAGAGAAACUUUAUUUUUUAUCCUUUUGUGAUGCCUGUGAAUUUUAAUGGAGCAUUAGACCAACAUACUCAGGGGGUUUUUCUUUAGAUAUCCCUCAGAUAUUUUAGAUAUGUCAGUAGGAAGGGGAAGGUUUCAUUUUCGUUUGAAAAACUAAAACAAGACCAUCUUGUAAACUGUCACCAAAAGCCUUCUCCUUGUAGUUGCACGUGCAUGUUGAAUUUCAGAAAACGUGCAUUCGCAAGAGGGGGGGCAGAAUGUGUUCUGUUGUUGAAACACUUCUUACCAUUUUCUCGUGUUCAUAUUAUAUUUUAAGAUGUUUGAAAAGUUAAACUGUAUAAGCCGCUUAAUUAAAGUAAAACCAAAAUAUUCAUGAUGCUUUUCAUACACUGUGGCAUAAGAUAUAAAGUUUGUAAUAUUUUGCAAAUUUCUGUGCAUUUUAAUAUUUUAUAAUUAUGAGCAUUUUAAUAAAUUCAUUUUUAAAGACAA